GGCUGAUGACGUGUACAAACAUUACGGCGCGGUGAUCCUUGGGACUUGUAGUCUCUAUCUGCCGGCGCUGUAGUCCACACUAAGCAAAGAGAACUACACAUCCCGGCCUCCUCCGCGGCAUCUGCCGUUACCGAGCGCUGGACGCUGCUGGUGCCCGGGAGACGGUUUGAAUGAUCAGCGGAGGUGAGAGGAGCCGGGGUCCCGCUCUAUGUGUGGUCUGUACCCCAGCUGAAGCUUUGUUACACUGUAUCAGUGCAGCUAGUGCUCUGAUUAUCUGGACCGGGUACACUGUAACGACCCCUCAGCUCCUCAUAGAUCUGUACGUUCUCCAGGAUCUGCCGCCGCCAUGAACUGGGACUCUAAGCUGGAGCAGGUCCUCACGGCGGCCGACGACAGCAUUGCGAAGAUCAAGGAGCGGCUGAACACCCGGGGAGACCUCGCCAAAGAUUUCUGCUUUGAUUUGCCUCCUGUCAGGCGAGCGCUGUAUGUCGACACAGCGGCCGUUAAACCCGCCUCACCGCGCCCGCCGCCCGCCGCGCUGGUGUCCUCUGAAGACAUGGUGAACCUGAGCAGUCAGCUGCUGUCACAGGCCAAGAUGAUAACCUCCUUGCAUCACGCCAUCGGACGCCUGGAGCGGGACCGCGACCUUCACGUCCAGCGCAUUCAGAGCCUGGAAGAUGAGGUGCGGCGGCUCGGCGCCUCGCGUGGACUGGACGCGUCAGAGUCUCUGCUGGAGAGGAAGAUGGAAGGACUGCGGCAGGAACUGUCCGUCGAACUGCGCCACCUGGAGGACAGAGUGAGAGAUUCCGCCAGCCCCUCGCUGCGCUCUGCCGCCAGCAUCUUACAGGAGGUGAACGAAACGAAGCGGUUAAUAUGGAAAGAGUACGAGAGUCUGCGGCGAGACACCGACUACAUGCACCAGCGGCUCCGCCGCCAAGAGGACGACUUACUGCGGCAAAUCUCAGGUGGGCAGGAACUGAAGCGGGCGCAAGAGAAAAACGCCACGGAGCUGGAGAGGAUACGCAGCAGCCACCAGGCGCAGACCCAGGAGCUGGAUCGGGUGCGGGCAGACGGGCAGGGAAUGCAGCGAGAUCUGCUGCAGAUCAGAUCAGCGAUUGGAGACCUGAAAGAGAACGUGCGGAUCCUGGAGGGGGAAGUGUCUGCCCCCAGAGCGCGGAGCGAGCGGCCCGCCCAUAGACGAUCUGGGCGCAGACAGGAGCUCAGCCGCUCGGCCUCCUCUUCCUCCGCGGAGGACGCGCGCUCGUGGAUCAGUCUGGCCGACAUCAGCUCCGAGGACUCGUCGUCGUACAGCCUUAGCGCUGCUGCUGCUGCGGAGGUCUCCAGAGGGUCCAGAGAAAAGUCCAGCGCAAGCGGCGAUGGGAGGAGCCAGCACAACCAUGACCUGGACGACCUUUCAGACAGCGCCCCGGAGCUCAAUUUCAGUGACCUCUGAAUGAAUGUUGGGGGUCACUGGCCAAAAUAAUCAGGACCGGAGGAGUCAUCGAAAAAUGCUCGACUGGGAGAGUUUUUUCUUUUAUCUUGUAACAUUUCAGCGGCUGCUCAGGGGCCGGGCUGCCAUCUUGCUGCGCGGGGGCGGGGCUGCCAUCUUAUCACAAUUAUGAAUUUAAAGUCUCUGAAAAUCGCGAAAGAACAUGGAUGACGAUUGUAGCGCCGUUCUGUGCACCUGCGCCAUGAUGCUACAGCCCAAAGACUUGUACACAAGCCGCAGUACAAGGGGAGGCUGAAGUACUCUGUGCUGCUCUGCUCAGAUUUUAUUGUAUUUUAUUUUUUUAACUGUUUCUUGAAUUUAGAGAACAAUUUGUCUUCAUCAGAUGUUGAUUUUUUUUUUUGAGGGAGGGCACUGAAUGUACUCCGACAUACUCAGGACUGUGCUCAUUUAAAGGGCCAUACACAGUGAUGUUUGUCAGUGUGAACUGAUUCCUAAAUUUACGGUUCGUUUUGUGAUAUUUUUUUUAUAUAGAAAUGUUGAGAGAGAUGUCGUCA